AUGAUGUUGUUUUUAUUGUUGCAAUGUGCAACAAUUUCAUUAGCUAAGAAUUCUUGUAGAGGAACGGGCGUGAUUGAUGUACUUGAAAGACAACGAUGUGUGAAUUCUAGAAGCUCUAAUUUCCUGGAGUCACAACUUUUUAGUAUGCCAACACAUUAUGUACAACUUUAUACCAAAACAUCAUCAUUUGAAAAUGCAAAAAAGCUUCACCAAAUGCUCAUAAGGGAAGAUCCGGCGUCUAUUGAAGAGUUAAUUAAUUUUCACAAUUCGCAAUACUUUGGCAAGAUCAAAGUUGGGACGCCAGGGAAGGAUUUUGUUGUUGUUUUUGACACCGGUUCAUCGCAGCUAUGGAUACCCUCAAUCAAAUGCAGCGAUGGUUGUGAAAAUCAUGAACGAUUUGAUCCAAAAAAUUCAACAACUUAUAAGUCACAAAAUGGAGACAACGGGGAUAAGGCAAUAUCAUCAAUUAAGUAUGGCUCUGGUGAAUGCGUUCUGGAACUAGGUUAUGAUGAAGUUAGGGUUGGCAAUCUGGUUGUAAAGAAUCAAUCCAUAGGAUUGGCUUUAAAGGAAAGCAAACAUCCUUUCGGUGAUCUUCCUUUUGAUGGAUUGGUUGGUCUGGGUCUACCUGAAAUUGGAAGCAAUGGUUCAUUCGACGAUAAAAAUUCCCCAUUAAUGGAUUCUAUCAAACAUCAAAACUUGUUGAAAAAUAACAUAUUUGCUUUUUACAUGUCUGAAGAUACUAAUAUUAAUGGCGCGUUGUCAUUUGGUUCAGUAGAUCCCAAACACAUCAAGCCCGGGCAUGUUCCGCUUUGGUUCCCACUCAUAUCAACAGAUUAUUGGGAAGUGGCAAUUGAAGACAUUUUAAUUGAUGAUAAAUCAUUUGGAGCUUGUGGUGACAAUGGCUGCAAAGCAGCGGUAGACACUGGAUCUUCACUAAUAACUACUCCUUCGAUACUUGCACUUGAGCUUUAUGACCGGAUAAAAGCGGCUUCUGAUUGCUCAAACUACACUGAACUUCCAAAGAUAUCAAUUAUGAUGAAAACUGUUGAUGGAAAAACUGCAAUGCUAGACCUUGACCGUGAUGAUUACAUGUUUAAGGAUGAAGAAAAUUCCGAAUGCCUUAUGGGUAUUAUACCAAUGGAUGUACCUAUGCCCAGGGGGCCGCUAAUCGUGUUGGGAACAAAUUUUAUUAGGAGAUACUUGGCCAUUUUUGACCGCGACAAGUUGAGAAUCGGAUUGGUGGCUGCUAAUAGAAAGAAAGUUAAAGUGAAAGCUUGA